CGCUAACUAAAAUGGCGACCGCGUAUGUGGCACUGUGUCUCUUUCUCGUCUCUCCAGCCUCUUCUCUCUACUUCGAGAUACUGGAAACGGCUAAGAAAUGCUUUAUAGAAGAGAUACCGGACGAAACAAUGGUAGUAGGCAAGUACAAAGUGCAGGCAUUCGACGAUUCGAUUCAAGACUUUCUACCGUCGAGUCCGGGCAUCGGAAUGCACGUGGAAGUGAAGGAUCCGAACGAGAGGAUAGUGCUAUCAAAGUACUACUCGGCGGAGGGCCGUUUCACGUUCACGUCGCACACACCGGGCGAACAUUACAUUUGCCUGCACAGCAACUCCACCCGCUGGUUUGGUGGCCGCAAGUUGCGUGUGCAUCUCGACAUUCAAGUGGGAGAGCACGCUAAUGACUAUGCGCAGAUCGCCGCCAAGGACAAGCUGUCUGAGUUACAGUUGCGUGUGAGGCAGUUGUUAGACCAAGUGGAGCAGAUCAGUAAAGAGCAAGGAUAUCAGAGGUAUCGUGAGGAACGUUUCCGUGCAACGAGCGACAGCACAAACCAACGCGUUCUCUACUGGUCGAUCAUUCAGCUCAUCGUUCUAGUCAUCUGUGGAUUCUGGCAGAUGCGACAUUUGCGGAAAUUUUUCGAAGCUAAAAAACUAGUGUAAUACAUACAGAUGCUAUCGUGCAAUUACAGUUGACUCUGUUGAGCCACGUGA